GAAAAGAAAAAGAAUAUAACGUUUGGUUCCAGAUUUUUCAUCGUUUUCACCUGUUUUUAGAGUUUAGUUCUAACGUGCGACCUGAAUUUGGCUCUAAUCCUAUCCUUGGCUCUAAUAUCUAUCCUUUUUUUAUAAAGAUUGAUUCAUACAAACUCCCCUGAUGAGCUGUGUGUCUGUUCUUUUUUAUGGCUACACAGUUGUGGAACACGGCAUUAUCCUGAUGUGUAAUGUUCGAGAACACGAUUGACGUUGCUCUUGACGACGAUUGAAAAACAUGAACACAAGUUCUAAGUUCGACACAAAACGCGCAUCUUUCAAGUAACGCUCUUAUAACACUCACGAAGUCGUUGCAAGUACAUAUAUUGUGAUGUGUUAAGAUGCCACGAUCGGUAAAUAAGAAGAAGUAUGCCUCCCGCUGGGCGAAUGAAGCUGCUACUUUGGCGAAAACGUUGACGAAACGGAGAUACGACCAUGACAACAACGCAACAACACAACAUACUGAAGAAGCAGGUGCCAGCCCUCCAUCUGUGGUGGACAAACGCAAUGAAAAACAAGCAACUCAGGAUGAAGAAAGAGACGUACCCAACCUGACAAAAGAUACCAAGGCGAGCAAGAAGAAAACACGACCAGUUCAUGGACAAAAGGAAGUUGCCUCAGACGAGUCCUCCUCAGAUGAGUGGCGACCCUACUCAAGACAUCGUAAGCGUCACAAGAAGAAGCACACGACGUCUGGUCGGAAGAAAUCUACCUCAAGAAGCACCACCUCCUCUUCCUCGUUCUCAGAGCGUGAUGAACGAAAGCAUUCUGCUAUGAAAGAGACCAAAUCACCACCACAUCAAAUUACGUUCACGUUUAGUCCGUCCACCCCUGCAACACCCUCAACUGAUCAAGAUAACAUAGACGGGAACACAUCAACUAAUCAGAUCUCAUCACAUGUUGAGUUAGAAGAGACGACAUCCGAUGACACGAAAAACCAGAGUGAACUUGACACCAGCUCUAACAUAAAGCCUUACACCGUUUGGUCUGAUUUUUGUGCUAAAUUGGACCGUGAGCUUAAGGAAAACAGAAGACGCCAAGACAAGCUUAAGGCCAAGCUGAAGUACAACGCUGAUAAGACGUACAAAGAGUACGUCGCCAAGAAGGAGACUACAGGGAGCAAGGAAACUAGCACCAAGGAGGUGAAGGGGUUCCUUGGCAAGACGAAGUCUACUGUCAUUGAGAAGAAUCUCCCCAGUAGUCAGAGUAUUCCAGUUGAAGCCAAGACAAACAUAAAUCCCUUGGAGAAAUCUAAGGGUUCUGGUGGACUAGAGACAACAUCACAGAGACGUGUUGACACAAAAGUGGCGAAAAGAGCGACCAUGAGUCGAACAACAUCUCAAGCCACAUCUGAAAGUGGGUCUGUCAAGCGCUCUGCCCUGUUGAUGUCUGCCUUGCCGAAAGUGUCCGCUAACAGCUUUUCCAAACACCCUCCUCUCUCUGCAGCUGCAAAGUCAUGGACGUCCGAACAUCGCCGCAGACUAGUCGUCCAAUGGCUCAAGACAUUGCAAAAACCUGCCAAUAGGACGGCAAAUAAGAAGCCAGCUGUCAGUCCGACUGUUCAUCCCCAGUCAACUCUAACUGAUCCUUCUCCUCCCCAACACGAACCGAAAUCUUCUAUCUCACCUCAUUCGGACAAAGGCCCUGAGUCAGAUAAGACCACACAACAGUUGGCCAUGGGAGCUGCUGACAUGGCCAAGAACAAGGCCCCUGGUGACAAACCUGUACAGCAUGAAGGUGAGAAUGCUGACAUCUCUGACUCUGUUCCGAAGAGUCCGUCUUCCCAGUGCCAUUGUGAAGCUGUCUCUGUUAUCGACAAGGGGACUGCCGGUGGUGUCCAGUCAGAGGACACAUUAGAUACAACCACAAAACCCCAACAUUCUGUGUGGUCCAGCGACUCCGAGUCAAACAGCUCAUCCGAUAACAAGGUAUCUGAUCAACAAAAUACAGGUAACAAUGAAAGCAGUAACACCACACUGGAGGAUGCCAACACACAGCUGACUACCACAGAGGAAAAGGGAAAUGACAAGAAGUCAAAAUGACAUGAAUUUAUUGCU